CCUGAAGAAUGGGUGCUACUCCUGUAUAGAUAUAUAGAUGUUGGGGAGGACAGAUAGACGAGGGCAGUGGUGAUACCCUGUGAUACCGCUGAAUGAACUUCCAUUUGAAUGCCCCAUGUCUUACUCCAUGGCUUGCAGUUCCACUGUGCCCUGGACACUCUUGGAAGGACCACGCCACGAGAAAACAUUGGCGGCAGAGUCAACAAUCAACCCGCGAACAGGGAGGCCAUGCCCGCCGCCACCUCAGUUUUGCCUUAUCUUUCCCCCCUUACGCUAUGUCCUGUAUGCCAUGCCCCGUGUACCAUGCUCCGCCGUCCAUGUAGUUGUCAGAGCACCCGUGACCCGAUCACACACCUCCCUUCAACGCUCACGGCAUGCACAGAUAUCGCCUUCGUGAUCUCCCAGCACCACUUGGCUCCCACCACAAUUCCGCCACGCCCCAUUUCACAGACCUCAACCGGAGAAACGGGCAGCAAGCUUCCCUAUCCACAAGCGGGCCAGUCAGCCAUCCGUCAGUGUCAACAAGACACCACCAAACAAUGACGACCACGGCCCCAGCACAUAGACAAAAGUGGCUCCUCCCAAUCCGUAUCAUAUCCAUGUCAAUGCUCAUGGUAUGAAUCCCUUGCCGCUCUGCGAGACAAGUAUAAAAAGAGAAGGAGAUACCAUAACGCCUAGCCCUUUCCUGCCAUGUAACCAUGCCCAUGCUGAAAGAGGUAGGUGGCCAAAACCUUUCACCCAAGCAUCUUUACUCAACCAAGUUUCUGUCCCUCUCCC